AUGCUUACUACCGCACUUCUAGUCCUUUCUCUCGCCGUAGCCGGCCUGGCUCAAGCACCAGCAGGCUACCGCACCGUCUACAUCACCUCAGCGCAAGACACCAAGUUCGCCGUGGUGCCGAAAUCGCGCACAGCCAGCGCCACGCUCGUCGUCCAAUCCCGCACCUCCUCCCCAGAACAAACAUGGUACAUGGCCGCGCCCUCCAACCACACCGCGAUCCAGCUCUCCUCGACGACGCUGUGCAUGGACGCGGGCCCCAAGGCCUCGUGGAAAGACAUGGCGCCGAUUGCACUCCGUGAGUGCGACGCCAUGGCCGACGGAUGCAUUGCGCUAGCUGCUAGCAUGGGCACCAAGCAGUGUGUCGACCUGCAGUACCUGCGGGCUGUGGAGAAUAAUCCUGUUGGACUGUAUAAUUGCGCGGGACUGGGGAACACGGGGGCGAAGGAUAAGGGGAUUAAUUGGCCGUUAGUGGAUGCUGUGUAG